CUUGAACUGUUUAUAUGAAGAGGAGUACACAUACAUAUAUAUAUAUAUAUAAGGAGAUGAUGUAACCGGUGGAGAAUUUUCAGUUGUAUUUAUCUUUUCAAUAUUUACUUGAGACAAUGUUAUUUCAACCAACAUUUAACACUCAGAAUAAUAAUACUAUUCGUGAUAAUAUUAUUAAUAGUACACUAAAUUAUAACUCAUAUUGUUUCAAUUCACAACUAAAAAGUUUUCCAGACCAAAAUAGUACCCCAUUAACUUAUGAUAUAGCUUUAUCAUCUACAAAUCAAUAUACAUCUACACCGAUCAAUUUUCAUUUGAAUAGAACAGAUGAUUUCUCUAUUAGACCAACAUAUUCUUCAUCUACUUCCCCUAUUAUAAACAAAUAUGAUAUUGAUGAAAUUUUAAAUAAACCUUCAUUGAACUCAUUGCAAUCUAGUUCAGAUGAUUCGAUUAUUUCUACUACCGCUACUACUACUACUACUAUUACUGCUCAUACUACUACUACUACUAAUAUUAUUGAAAACAAAACAAAUACAUCAACAACGCAUUUCAUUGAUAAACUUAAUAACUUCCCUAAUGAAAACGCAAUUUAUCCUCAAAUCAAUUUACAAGAUGAAAUUGGUCAAGUUUUAUCAUCAUUAUCAUCAUCGUCAAAGACAGAAUUAGCCACAACAACUACAACUACAACAACAACAACAGCAUCAACUGUACACUUAACAAAAACCACUAAUCAAAAUUCAAUAAUAGAAGAUUAUUUUUUCAACAAUUUUAAUUCAUCAGAUAUUUCAUUAUUUUGGCUACCAUAUUUAAAUAAUAUUUUUAAUAUGUAUUCAUCUUCAUUGAUCAAUCCAUCUCAAAUGGCACAUUUUAAUCAGACAACUAUCAAUUGGCCUCUAUGGAGAAGUCUUUUAAGAUAUUUAAUAUUAAAUGAAAAUGGUCAUAAACAGUUUGAUGAUGAUACUACAUCAAUGUUUUCUUUACCUUACUUUUUAUCAACUCCUACUUCUAUGACAACACCAGUAAAUAAUGUGAAUAAUUUCAAUUCCGUGUAUUUAUGUAAUUGGGAUCAUUUAAUGGAUUUCUCAUAUGUACCCGAUCAAAAUGUCACAUCAAUUCAAACAACACCAUUAAAUCUUGCUAUGAAAUUGAAUUCAUCAGACUAUAACACUACUGUCUCUACUAAUAGCGUGACUACUAUUACUACUACUACUACUACGACGACGACGACGACUACUACUACAUCUACUGUUAAUACUCCUAUUAAUUAUUCACCGAAUGGACUAAAUUUUACCAAUACUCAAAAAGUGUUAAUUACGCAAUCACAUAGAACAAAAAGUUCACUUCAAGCAUAUGAAAUGAUCAAUGAAAACAAAAAUAUUUUCACAAGAUCGAAAACUGAACCCACAUCAACAACAUUAUCAAUGAAUAUUAAAAAAUCAAUUUAUAAAUGUUCACAUUGUGGUCGAGGAUUCAGUAAAGCAUAUAAUAGAACAAUACAUGAACGUACUCAUACAGAUGAACGUCCAUUCGGUUGUGAUGUUUGUUCAAGACGAUUCAGACGAAAAGAUCAUUUAAGAGAUCACAGGUAACUGAAUAAUUCAUAUACGUUUUUUCUGGAAAUGACAGUUAUUAGAGUGAUGUUAAAAUAUUGGUCAGUCAAAUCCCUAGCUUAGAUAAGAACUUUGUUUGAAUAUGCAUGAAUUCAUACAUACGUGUUUUUUUUUUUUUUGGAAGAACUGAUUAAAAUCACUCAUCAGUUUAUGUAUAUAUAACUAUCAACCUUUGACUUGGUAGUCUGAAAUAACUCAGUCAGUUACAGCGUAGGAUCAGGCACAUAUAUGCAUCGAUCCAAGUUACCAUAUCUUGUUAGCACAACAAGACGAACACCGGAUUCAUAGAAGCAAUUAACUCAUUGGUGUAAUAUAUAAAGGAAAGAUUUUAUGUAAAGAUAUAGUACAAAAAGAAAGAAUUAGUUCGUAGAAAGAAUGAUAUGAAGCGAUUUUAAUCUCAUCGUUUGAGGGAAGAUAGAGUGUGUAUACACCUAAGCCAUUGUGAUCGACUCUGAGCCAUGUCACCCAGGGUCUGCAACCAUUGGUUAUGAUAGUCACGC